AUGUGUUUGUCUGCUCUGAAGGCCUUCAUCUGGGACAUCUGCAUCAUCUGCACCGUGGUCAUGAAGUUGCUGGUUGUGUUUCUGCUCGUUGGAUCCAUGAUGGUCCUGUCAGAGGGACGACUGAAGUGGACUGACGCUCAGAAACACUGUCUGUCCAUGGGAGGAAACCUUCUGUCUGUUCAUAAUGCGCAGCAGAACAACCAGGCCUUGAGUUUACUGGGGAACAAUCGGACAUGGAUUGCAGGAUCUGAUGCACAAGAAGAGGGUCAGUGGCUCAAUGUUGAUGGUACACCCUUCAACUAUACAAACUGGUGUAGUGGACAGCCAGACAACCACGGUGGACGAGAGAGCUGCGCAGAAGUGAACUUUUCAGGUCGAAGGUGCUGGAAUGAUUUUGUUUGUACAAAGCUCCUUUACUCCAUCUGUGCCACAACAGUGAAUCCCUGAGCAAACACAGAGGCAUGAAGUGAAACCACAACCAGUCAGCGCUGUGUGUUUGUGUCUACAGUUUGUGCAUCGGUCUGUGUCAUCAGUCUCAUAGAUAAACUGAUGACUCCAUAUUUGAAAUCAAACCUGUAUUUCUUUUCUUUUCUCUCGCUGUAACGCUACACAUGGAAAGAAGCGACAAGUCAAAUGUGAACUGUAGGUGGACUGCUUUAGGACCUGGUGUCUCAUAAAAGAGCAGAUUGAACGGUUCUGAAAAGAUGCUUUUAGCUCAACUUCAUUCUGAUUCUGUUCUUCUUCAAUCAUGCAUGAUUAAAAAGAUUUAAGCAUUGAAA